GAACGUGGCGGUGCCAAUCUCACAAAAUUUCGUAUUUACAACAUCUUGCAUUGCUUGAAAAGUAACACAUUUUUUACGGCAGCAAGUACUGGAUGGCUGAAUUAAAUGACAUCUACACGUUCGAUUGAUCUUAUGUACCAAUGUAAAUAGACAGUUAGAAAAGACAUUCGACACGAGAUCGCAUGACUGCUAUGACUUGCAAGUGGAAUGGAUUAUUUAACGUUGGGGAGGACUUCGAUGAUGAGGGGACCGUGUACAGUUACCCAACAGAGCUCCUCACCAGCUCAACAGAUGAAGUCAAACACAACAGGACAGCAAGAGGCCCCCUCGCCGCAGGAUGACUUUGAUGAUUGGGAUGUUGACCUGGCAGACCUAGAUGAAAGUGAWCCACAGRUGAGCACUUGGGCUCAGGUYYGAGAAACUGCUCCAGCUGCAGAUCUAACCAAGCMCAGCGAUGACUCUGUAWCCCCAGCCAAAAGACUACGGCCCACAGCCUGUGGUGGUGCUCAAACCGGGCCCAAUGUGGGUCUGAGAGGAUUCAGUACCUCUAACCAAACGUCUGGUCUUCCCAUUAGUARUAUACUCCACAGGUCCUCAUUCCCUGGCCCCUUCCCCUCUCCACACCCUGAUCCUAGUGCUACUUUCCUCCUAGCUCCACCCCAGAGCCCAGUGUUUCCUGGCCUCACCAUGGCCUCCAGCCCCUUCCCCAGGCCUGUGACCCCCAGACCAAUCAGGGGGCUUCCUUCCCAGGUACAGAGGCCCUGGGCUACACCUCUGACUCAGGGACGCAGCCUUUUUGACCCCAUCUCCCCAGCCCCCUCUAGUAGGUUUGGUGGACCCAUGCCUUCCCCCUGUCUCACCCCCCGUUCCCUCCACACGCCCGUCUUCACUAACCACUUGAUUCAGCUGGUGUCCAACUCCAACAAGACCCCCCAGAGACCCCGUUCUGACCACAUCCGGCCCAAUACCCGCCGCUUCCCUGGGCCUGCAGGAAUCCUACCACAACAGCAGCUCCAUGGGCAGAGCCUGGAUGACAUUGUGGUGGCCAUUCCUCAGACACCUGCACAUGGGGCCGUGGCUCGACCCGCCCGUCAGUCAAGCGUAACCACUAACUCUGAACGUGACACCAACAACUCCUCGAGGAUCUACUCCUGA